AUGCCCGAAAUUUGGGACUACCUGGCGAGAGCCAGGCGGCAGAAGGCCUUAUGCGCCGGCGAUGUGGAGGCCAUAAAAGAAAACUGCCGCCGGAAUCACAACCACAGACAUGUCAUUGAGUGUGUUGAGUGUUACGGGAAGGUUCUCGAGCGGAUGCAUAGCCGGUACGCUUCCUCGCCGGAUGCCGAAUGCUUUUCUGGGCAAGCAACCUUCCCCAAGGAUGUUUCCGACCUGUUUGCGCAGGCACGGGAGCGCAGGUUCGCACUGCGCGAGAUCGAGGAGCGCGCCAUCAAAGGCCGGCAGGCGCGCAUCGUUCAAACAGUCAAGAGCUCGCAGGUCAUAAGGCACCUCCUCAGGGACUCUGGUCAAGUGCAUUUGCUGCACAAAAUGGACAGCGGCAACGUUGUACUAAGCACCGUGCUGGGCGAGAUCCGGAACUCUCUCGGCCACGUUCCCGCUCCCUCCGAAGAUGUCGACCGCUGUCUCGUCCAGCUAACGGGCGCCGAGGCUCUUCCGGCCGUCGAGACCCUCCAAGUCAUACAAAAGAUCUUCUUUUCUGACUACAAAGAUAGCUCUGCGAUGGGCUGUCAGGAGGAGCUGGAAAGGCUCCGCAAAGGCAGCUCUCUCGACGUUGUUAUGGAGCGCAGGCUCGAGCGGUCCCUCACCAACAAGGCAAACAAGGAUCUGAGGGAGAAACACCGGCGGAGGUUGGACGAGCUCAGGCGGGCACAGAGCGCCCACGAGGCCGCGAAAAGUAGAAAGACCAAGGACCGGCAAGCAGCCGCGCCGCCUCCGCCCCCAGCUCCUUCGCUCGCGGUUCCUGCUUGUGCUGCUUGUCACACCACUGUUGACAUCAAGUCUUUUUUCUCCUGUCCGCUUUGCCAAAUCCGAGCUGGCCUGGAUAACCGCUGGCAGCCUAUGGUGUAUUGCUCCACUGCAUGUUACCACGACGCAUUUGUAAGGUCUCUUUCUGUCAAUCUCACAUUCUCCUCUCAACUGGAUCGCCGUCCCAAUGCUAAUCAUAACUACAAUGCCCAGGACUCACACCUUGAUGAUGCACAUGUGUGUGCCUCUGGUGAUGACUGCACGCAGCUGAGAGUCGAGGACGGGGCAAUGGACUGCAGCGGCUUGCCUAUGCUCUGCACCCACUGUCUGGAGCAACUAAAAACGCUGACCUCAUACUGCUCGAAGCAGUGUGCCGAAAUGGACUUGCAACGUCACAGGCAGAGUGUCCACCACCGGCAUGGAGAGAAGGCCAACGGCGGACUGGAUCACAGCAACGGGCCGAUAGGCAGUGAGCACCAUGUAACUGAUAUACAUGUUGCAUUGGCGGCCUUGGAGAAGGAGUCGUCUGUAACAAUAAAACGACUCGAUUAG